GGCUUCUUGUCUGUAUUGGUCCAAGAACUUGAUUUGCGUCUCUUCCUUUUUGUUUUUUAGUACUGAAAUUACCUGUUAAGGAUAUAUAGAAUCUCCCAGUCCUAAACAACUUUAUAUGAUAAAAUUGUGUCUUAUAAUUAAUUUACCUUGAAAAAAAUAUUCAAGAACUGAAGCAUAUGGACUGCAGUAUGUGUUGAUUCACCUGCAGUGACAACAAAAUAAAUCCAUAGAUUUUAACGGUGAUUUUCUUGUGUUUGAAUACCAACAGCGUUUUUAAGGGUUCAAUAACAUGAUCUAUUCAUAACAUAGUUGGCAACACUGCAGUAGGUUGACGGGCCGAGUAGUGAAGUGAAGUGCCUCUCUUGAAGCCUGAGUAGGGCGAGGCAUUUGUGGCACCUUCCCAGUGCUUGACGUGGUGUUGAUAGAAGAUAACGAAAGAAAAACAACACUGAAGAUGGCUGAGAACAUAUUUAUCUUCGUCCCAAACCUUAUUGGUUAUGGCCGUAUUAUCCUGGCUUUGUUGUCAUUCUACUACAUGCCUUCUAACCACAUCAUGGCUGCCUCAAUGUAUAUUCUCUCAGGAUUCUUAGAUGCCUUUGAUGGUCAUGCUGCAAGGGCACUUAACCAAGCCACAAAGUUUGGAGCAAUGUUGGACAUGCUGACAGACCGCUGUGGGACUAUGUGUCUCCUGGUGACCCUGAGCCACUUUUAUCCUCAGUAUAUGUUCCUCUUCCAAGUUUCUAUGACCAUUGACAUAUCCUGUCACUGGUUGCACCUCCACACAACUCUUCUGGCAGGUCGCAAAAGCCACAAAGGAGAGGAUUCCAACACCAAUCCCAUCUUGCGUAUCUACUACACUUCCAAGGUUGUUCUGUUCUUCAUGUGUGCUGGUAAUGAAUUAUUCUAUUCAUCAUUGUACCUCUUACAUUUUACAGAGGGACCAAUUAUUGCUGGUGUUGGAUUGUGGCGCAUAUUGUCCUAUGGGCUUUUGCCUAUUGGGGUACUCAAGUCAGUUUUGGCACUUAUGCAGGGGUACAGUGCAGCCUUAAGUCUUGGAGAGAUAGAUGUACUAGAACGUCAAGAAAGUCAGAAGACCAAGUAAAUGCUAGUUUCAAAUACAAUGCAGAACAUAAAAUACAUUUUGAUAUUUGUUUUGGAAUGUUGUUUCUUCCAUGUGAUACCAAAAACCAAAGACUAUGACAGUUAUAGUGGUUGCUUCCACCUUUCAGAGUUGUAGAAACCUGAGUGCAGUUCAUUUAUAUAAGGAAAUGUAGUUUUGUGCCAUAUAUUCAUGGGAUCCUUGAUAUAUUUUGAUUUCUAUAUAUUGAUUUAAAGUUCUUCAAUAACAGUUUUGCAUUUUUAAAAAUUGAAAUUUGAAUUCUUGUAGUUUACUCUAGGAGUGUAAUGAGGCACAUGAGAUCACAAACUGAUGAUGGUGUAGGAUAUGAAUUUCCAAACAUAUAAAUGUAUAUUUUCCUAUUAAACUUGGAAGAAAUGGUGAGAUAAAAAUAUUUGAAUAAUUUGGUGAGUGUAUUAAUUCUUUUGCUUACCGGUGUUAGUCCUAAAAAUUGCAGUGCCCUUAGUAGUGUCGACUCCUAACUUAUACCUAGACUUGUACUUUUGUCUUUCUUUUAAAAAUAAAGUGAUAAUGUAGCCAGAAAUAUUGAUGAAUAGUAAUUAUUAUGUGGGUCUGUUCCAAUAUGUGCCUACUUAAAAUUAUAAAGCAAAAUUUAAAAUCUUUUAACUUCUCUUAACAAGCAAAAUAUCUUUAAUUCAUGCCUAAAUAAUUUGGUAAACUAGUUUCUUUUAAAAAAAAUAUCAACUAAUAUACAGAAUGAAGUGAAAGUUUAGGUAUAGGAAUGAUGACUAAAGAUUGCAGCGUCUUGGAGAGAGAAAUUGAUGUUCAAAGUCCCAGAGUCCCACUGUCAUGUCUAGCAACAUCCAGCCAUCUCACCAUCUUAGCAGGUGUUAUGGUCCCAUAACAUUUUUUCUAAUAAUUUUAUAAUGCUUACAGUGGUGUCCAAAGUACCAGCACUAACAUAUGAGCUCCCAUUUCACAGAAAUGUACAAAUGGUAGCAAGAUGUCCCUUUUAUUUCACAUACAUUGCCACUUUGUAACCUACUGUUCAGUGUUGUCUACAUGUUGCACUGCACAAGUGCCUCUUUUGGCUCUUAUUUUCAACAGAAAAAAUCAAGAAGACACUUAAAUAACAUUUUAAGUGAAAUUGCAUUUAUGAAAGAUACAUAGUUUGGACUGUGAAACUAAGUCAGUAUUAAUACUAAUGUCCACUGAACUUGGAGAGGUCAGUCUUUCAAUGGUGUUUUAAAAUUUAAAGGUCAAGAUUUGUGUCAAAAUGACCUGUAUUGUGUAUGAAUCUGAGGUUAAACACUUGCUUUCAUCAAAAUACUCAAAUAAAACAUACACAUCCUUGGGAUCUCAGUGUUUUUUUUUUUCUUUUUUUUUUUUUUUUUUUUGCCAGUGUCCCUCCUACAUAAAAAAAAAAAAAAAUGACAUGAUUGUAAGACUUGAGUUCUACAUAUGUAUAAUUGCUUAUAAUUAUAUUUCAACUUGAAAUAUAGAGACAUUUGGACAAAAAAUUAUUCAAGGCACAUAAUGGCUACAGGUUUCAGUAGAAAAGUGGCUAGCAACCAUUGAUCUCUCUCUCUCUCUCUCUCUCUCUCUCUCUCUCUCUCUCUCUCUCUCUCUCUCUCUCUCUCUCUCUCUCUCUGCAGUUACAAACCAUUGACAUGGGUAAUUUAUCUAGUUUUAUUGCUCUGAUUUUAAGAUGGAUGUAAAUUUUGUAAAUGGCUGGUACUCAGUAAUUGGCACCUUUGAGGAUUGCAAUCUUAGUUUGGUGAAUUUGUGUCAUUCUGUAUUUUGUAAACUCUUAGCUUCAUUAAUGUUGCAUUUUCUGUUCAUUUCUUUUUACUUAAUUGCUAAUUGGCUAAACACAGUAUCACACACAUUUUUCCAAAAUGAUUAUGAAAGAUUAUAUAUGAACAAAUUUGGAAUACUGUAAAUUUGUCUUUGGACUAUGAAUGAAAUGUUUAUGUAAUACUGAAACUUGUUCAGAAUUCUUGCUAUCAUUUUUUUUUAUUGUAUGCAAUAAUUCUUAGAACUACAUUAUGUCAUUACUGAUGUCGAGUGACUAAGAAAAUUGAAAUUACUUCUUUUUAAUCAUAAAUAAUGUCAGUGAUCCAAAAUAAUGAAUUUGGUUUAUGAUACUGAUAGAUUAGUAAUUUUAUUUUGAUCUGCCAAAGCUGUAGAAUAGACAUCCUAACAGAACACACCAUGAGUAGUAAAUUGUUAUUGUUGUCAUCACUAUUUAUUUUUAAGGUAUGCUUUUGACUAAUCAUGAUAUUGCUACCUUCUAGACUAGAUUAUUGUGUGUUCAGUAGAGAUUUCUAAUUGUUUUAAAUGUGUUAAUGUGCUUCCUUUCACAUGUAAUGUAAUAACAGAAAAGUAACUUACCUAUGUACCCAGUAGGAUACGCAUGUUAAUAUUGGUAGCAUCAGUAUCAAGUUGUGCCCUACUGGAGAACCAGACAUACCUACUUAAUCUUACAAUAGAAUGUUUGAUUUAUUCAGCAUUUGCAAGCUAAAUACAUGAUGUUGUAUUUUUUAUUUAUUUAUUUAUUUUGUCAGGUGCUUGUGAGCCAACAAAUACAACAUUAAUAUGUUUAUUUAGUUUUUCAUAUGCUGAAUUUAAACAUUUUUACUUCUGUAUGUUUAUAGUGGGUAUUUAUUUAGUUUGCUAACUCCUGAAAUCUUACAACAUACCUCUUGAUCAUUUAUCAAAAAGAUUAAUAACAUAUAUAGUUGGGGAAUGGGAGAAGUUUAUGGUCAUACAUGGCAGUGAUAUCAGGGAAGUCAUCAAUAUUGAGGCUUCAUCAAGUUUCCAUUUUCAUCUGACACUUUUAAAGCUUUCUCUUUUUUGCUUCUCUUUUCACUCGCUACUUGACAUUCAGUUAUGUAAAGUCAUCCUCAUUAUCACUUUAUAACAAGAUGCACUGUGAAGAAACCAGUUAAGGUGAUGUAUGUGAGACCAUUCUGGUGCUUAUGAUAGCUAUGUGACUGAAUGUGUUGGUAGACAGAAAAAAUACUGGUUAUACCACAGAUGUGCAGCAUGUGAGUUGUGAAUUUAGUGACAUUUUAAUGACCAAUGUUAUUGUGGUGAAGCAGUGUUACCAAGGCCACAUGGGUACAUUCCAGUAGUUUUAAAUAUGGCUACAUUCCUAGUACCAACCAGUUAUUUCAAUCAUCAUAAGUUUGAUGUCAUGCUAUUAAGCACCUUUUUGCUAUAAAGCAGAAAAUUUAGUGAUUGUAGUACACAUGGACUGCCAACCAGGUUUUAAAACAGAAUAUAAAAGGAUUUUAAACAGUUCAGCUUAUUUGUGUCUAUCAUGGAGAAAUAGAGCCAGGUAAUUAAGACGUGUUGAAAAUGCAGAUUUAUAUAGGCAGUGUCGAAGAUAGUGUAUGUGGAUAUAUGGUUCUUGUAUUUUUCUAGUAAAUAGGAUUGACGAGUAAAGUUAUUGAUGUUUCAUGCAAGAGGAAGUUGUAAUUAUAUUUCUUACUACAACUUAUUUAAAUUAAGUUGACUUUGCAUUAUCAUCUUGGUACACAAAAUAGAGCAGUAUUUGAUAUAUCAUUUGCUGUAUUUGCACUGCUCUAUACUAUUUAGUUGAAGCCAUGGCCUUGAGUGUGGGUAGCCCACUAUAGUUUAUUCCAUUCCUUAAAAGACUUAUACUGUGAGACAUACAUUGUUAAAUUCAUGUUUACAGUUUUUUUUUUUUUUUUUCCCAAUUUACUCAUAAAAGAAAAAGGUAAUCCUACUGAUGCUUAUACAAAUUUGGAGUUAAGGUAACUUUCAGCAGGUGUGUUGAGUGGAACAGUAGGAGAAUGAGAUGGCAAUGAGUUGCAACUUCAUAUCUAAGUUGCACUUAUCCAGCUGAAUAUGGAAGCUUGUGUGUGAUAGAGGCUACCAGGUAAUGCUAUGUGAGGGCAACAAAGGCAUUGAAAUCAGUGGCUCCCAACAGCGCACUGCAAGUAAGUAACAGCCUGAGCUGCGUGUACCAAAGGAGUGCACUGAACACCUCUUGAGCAUCGUUCUCCCUCAUCCUUUUUUUUUCUUUUCUUUUUUUUUUUUUUUUUUUUUUUUUGCAUGAAGUGAGAAGCAUGAUAAGGAUACAUGAAGCUUUUCUGUGGUAAUGAUAUGAAGUUUGGCAUGCAUAUUCAUUUUUUUUUGUGUGUGUGGAGGAAGAAGUACAGUGAUUCAAUUUUUAAAUUGAUUAAUUAAUAAUUUUUUUUUGGGGGGGGCAUUAGAUAUUGUGGAAUGAAUGAUACCUCAGAUUCAGGAUUGAUAGGUUGAAUGACACAAGCAUUUGUUUGUUUGAGUCCACCUUUUUUAUAAAAUUGUUAAAAAUAAACAAGUCAGUACCGAAAGUGCAAAUUGUUUGGUUACAUGAAAAAGGUGAAUGGUGAAAGAUUGACCAAGCAUAAAAUAGAAAGUGAAAAGGAAGCUGAAGAUAAGUUGGAUGGAUGGAGCCAAAAAUAUAUAUGAGUGAGGUUUUAAUAAGAAGUGGAUGGAUGCUUAGCAUAAAUAGCAAACAAGAAAACAGAGAAAUUUUGUUUACACUUCAUAUUUUAGGGAAUAAAGUGUCAAGCAAAAUAAAAAUUAUGAAGUGGUACUUGUAUGGUCAGAUGCAGUCAAGAAUGACCAAAAAUCACUUUGGUUUUGACUUAUCUAUUGUUGUUACAAUUAUUUUAUAAAUUUGUAAUACAUACAUGUGGAAAUUAAGAAAUCUGCUAUUUGUGAGUGCAAAGGGCAGAUAGUGGGCAUCCUUGUCUUCCAUAAAGGCUUAAAGCAGGCAAGUGCUUGGUCAUAGACUAUUGGAAUGGAAUGAUCUUUAAACAGUGACCUUAAACUACUGUUGAACUCUCACUACUACUGCUACUACUACUAUUACUCUGCUGUUGUUUGUAUGUCCUGCAAAACAUUUCAGGCAUUCAUUAUUAUGAUAGUUUUUCUUAGGGAUACAGUUAUUCAGUAAUAUUGCUUGAAAAUGUUUUUUCUUAGUGAUACAGUUACUCAGUAACAGUGUUUGAAAAUGGAAGUGUGUUUUGAGUGAGUUGUUGCAGCUACAGCAAGCACCAUUAUACUUUCAACUGUUUUGUUUGUCAGUUAGAUGGUGGUAUACUAUCCAUAUUUUUGUAGUCAUUGAAAAGGAAUAUAAAAAUAUUGAUUUGCUCUGACAAACAGUAUAACUCACUAAUCAUCAGUGGUAAAUGGUAAUAAUACUCGUAGAAUCUGAAACAAUCAUAUAUUUGGAUCCCUGAUCGUUGUUCUUAAUUCUACAUCGAUAUAUGUGUUACUUGUAUAAGUAUAUAGGCAAUUGUUUGUGCAAGUUUUCCAUCACACAGUUAAAUUUUAUGUCUUAGUUUUAUAUACAUUUUCUCUGCAUUGCUUAUUCUUGUUUCACUUUUCAUGCACAUAAUUGAACCAAGAUAUCUUUUGAAAUUUAUAACUUCUCCCUUUUCUACAUUUAACUUAAUUUUAUAUUCCAUUGGGCAUGGCUAACUAUUGUAUUAUAAUGAGAUCUUUCUGCAUCCCAUGGUGUACAACAUGUGUACUAAUGUGUAUUCCUCGAUAUGUGCCAAGUGAAUGAAACAUUGUCCCUCCUGUUGAGCCUCCAUGACCUAAUUUUAAUUUGCUUGUUGCAACCAAGGCUGUUAGUUGGUUAGGCCCUGGCAUCCUAGUAAUGUUGGUUAUUGUUUAAAGGAUGACUGUAUUUUCUAGACAACAUGGAAUAAUUGAAGUAUACUUCAUUCAUUCCAGCUGCCCAGAUCAUGAAUGUAUGUAAACAAAAGUAAUUUGAUAAAGUAUUAGAUAACUC